AUUUAUUUAAUUAAUUUGAAGGGGAGAAAUUAAUAAAUUUAUGAAAUAAUAAAAGAAUUUUUAAAUAAAUAAUAUUUUAAUGGGGGUUAAAGUAUUAUAUAAAGAAAAAAUUGAAAAUUUUAAAGUGAAUUAGUAUUGUGAAAGAAUUAUGAAAUAAUUGAAAAUUAAUUUUUAUGAAAGUAAAUUUAAUUUAUUGUAUCUUGUGUAUCAGAGUUUAUUAAAAAAAAUUUAUAUAAAUUAAAUUUCUCGAAUUUAAAAGAGUUAAUUAAUUAUAAAAGUUAUUGUAGCAAAAAUAUUUUUAAUAAUUAAUUUGAAAUGAAAUGUUAUUCGUUUUUAAAGAUAUCUAGUUUUUUUAGAAAAAAAUUUAAUUUUAUAUUUAAAAAAAAAUAUUUUAAUAAAUUAAUUAAUUAAUUUAUUAUAAUUUAAAUAAAAUAUUUUAAGGGAUAAGCUUUAAUUUAAAAUUUUAUAAUAAAAUUAAUAUUUAUUUAAGAUUUUUAAAAUUUAUAUUGUUUAAAAAUUAUAUUUUUUUAUAAAUAAUCUUAUAUUAAAAUAAAAUUUAAUAUUAAAAUUUAAUUUUUUAUAAAAAUAAUUAUAAAAAUUAAAUAUAUAAUGAAAUAAUGAUAAAAUUAGUAUAUUAAAUUAAAUAAAAAUUAUAAAUUUGAAUUUUAAUUAAAUAAAAGGAAUUCGGCAAAAAUUUAUAUUCACUUGUUUAUUAAAAACAUGUCUUUUUGAUAAUAAUUUAAAGUCUAAUCUGCCCACUGAUAUAAAUUAAAGGGCUGCAGUAUAUUGACUGUACAAAGGUAGCAUAAUCAUUAGUCUCUUAAUUGGUGACUGGAAUGAAAGAUUGGAUGAGAUAUAAUCUGUCUCUUAUUUAAUAAGUAAAAUUUAAUUUUUUAGUGAAAAAGCUGAAAUAAUAUUAAAAGACGAGAAGACCCUAUAGAGUUUUAUAAAUUAAUAAUUUUAAAUUAUAUAUAAUUUUUUUUAAUGUUAAAUUUAAUUAAUUUAUUUUGUUGGGGUGAUAGAAAAAUAAAUAAAACUUUUUUUGAUUAAUAAACAUGAAUAAGUGAAUUUAUGAUCCUAAUUUUUAGAUUAAAAGAAAAAGUUACCCUAGGGAUAACAGCGUAAUCUUUUUAGAGAGUUCAUAUCGAUAAAAAGGUUUGCGACCUCGAUGUUGGAUUAAGAUAAAAAUUAAAUGCAAAAGUUUAAAUUUUUUGAUCUGUUCGACUUUUAAACUCUUACAUGAUCUGAGUUCAAACCGGCGUAAGCCAGGUUGGUUUCUAUCCCCAGUAAAAUAAGAUAUUUUAGUACGAAAGGAAUAAAUAUUUAAAUUAAAUUUAUUAUUUAGAAUUUUAUUAAUUUUUAAAUUAAAUAUUUAAAUUAAAAAUUAUAUUUAACUAUUUUGGCAGAAAAAUGUGAUGAUUUUAGAAUUCAUUGAUAUAUAAUUUAUUAUAUAGAUAGUAAAUGUUAUUGAAAGAUUUAUUAAUAAUUAUUUUAGGAGUAAUUAUUUUAAUUAUUGGAGUUUUAGUAGGAGUAGCUUUUUUAACUUUAUUAGAACGAAAAUUAUUAGGAUAUAUUCAGAUUCGGAAAGGUCCUAAUAAAGUUGGAUUAAUGGGAAUUUUUCAACCUUUUGCAGAUGCUAUUAAAUUAUUUACCAAGGAGCAUCUUUCCCCCAAUUAUUCUAAUUAUUUAUCUUAUUAUUUUUCUCCAGUUAUUAGAUUUUUAUUAUCAUUAAUAAUUUGAUUAGUAAUUCCUUAUUAUUUUAAUUUAAUUAGAUUUAAUAUGGGAAUUUUAUUUUUUUUAUGUUGUACUAGAUUAGGGGUUUAUACAGUUAUAGUUUCUGGUUGAUCUUCUAAUUCUAAUUAUGCUUUAUUAGGAGGAUUACGUGCUGUAGCUCAAACUAUUUCUUAUGAAGUUAGAUUAGCUUUAAUUUUAAUAUCUAGAAUUAUUAUAGUUAUAGAUUUUAAUAUAUUAAUAUUUAAUAAAUAUCAAAAUUUAAUUUGAUUUAUUUUUAUUAUAUAUCCAUUAAGAUUAUGUUGAAUUUCAUCAAGAUUAGCUGAGACUAAUCGAACUCCUUUUGAUUUUGCUGAAGGGGAAAGAGAGUUAGUUUCAGGAUUUAAUAUUGAAUAUAGAAGAGGGGGAUUUGCUUUAAUUUUUUUAGCUGAAUAUUCUAGAAUUUUAUUUAUAAGUAUAUUAAUUGUAUUAAUUUAUUUAGGGGGAUAUAGAAUAAGAUUAUUUUUUUAUUUAAAAUUAAGAUUAGUAUCAUUUUUAUUUAUUUGAGUUCGAGGAACAUUACCACGAUAUCGAUAUGAUAAGUUAAUGUAUUUGGUUUGAAAGGUUUAUUUACCUAUUUCUUUAAAUUUUUUAUUAUUAUAUAUAGGAAUUAAAAUUUUUUUAUAGUAUAAUUUUUA